AUGUUCCAUAAUAAGUAUUAUAAAGAUGACAUGAUUUACAUCACACAUUUGACGCGAAACAUUCUAAGCUUACUCGGAAUUUGGCCGUCUAAUAAAAAAGACUCUAUCUGCGCGAAAGUCUGGAGAUACUUCUUAAUCUCGAUCUGUAACAUUCUUCUCUAUUGCGUUUUGCUUCCUGGAAUCUUUUUUUGGUUGAUUGAAAAGAGAACACGCGUUAGAAUCCAGACGAUUCCUCUGCUUCUCUUCGUUUUGAUGGCUUGUAGUAAAUAUAUCAAUCUGCUAUUUCACGAAAAGAAAAUCAAACGCUGCUUGGAGCAUAUCGAGGAAGAUUAUAAAGUUGUUACAAACGCGGAAGCUCGGGACACGAUGAUUACAUCUGCAAAGAUUGGAAGACAUCUGGUAUCACUUUGUGCGAUUUUCAUGUACAGCAGUGGACUUUCCUUUCGAUUGAUUUUGCCAUUUGCCAGGGGAAAAGUCAUCACUCCACAAAACAUCACACUCAGACCUCUACCUUGUCCGAGUAAUUUCUUUUUCUUCGAUGUGCAAGUCAGCCCCACUUAUGAGCUGAUCUUUGCAAUACAAGUAUUAUCUGGGAUAGUCACUUACUCGAUAACAACAGGUUUAUGUGGUCUUGCGACUCUUUUCGUGAUGCACGCCUGCGGCCAGCUGAAGGUCCUCAUAAAUUUGAUGACGAAUCUUGUCGAGGAAAAGUGGCAUAAAAAACGAGAAUUGAAUAGGAAGCUGGCAAGAAUGGUUGAACAUCAAAUAAGAUUUCGAAAUUUUUUACAAUUGAUAGAAAAUACUCUGUACCAAUCGUGUCUAAUAGAAUUGAUGGGAUGCACGAUGUUAAUCUGCCUUCUAGGAUAUUUUAUAAUAAUGGAAUGGGAAAAUAGCAAUCGGAUAGCUAUGUGCUCCUAUUUUUCAUCAAUUACAUCCAUGAUGAUAAAUGUGUUCAUGUUUUGUUACACUGGUGAGCAACUUACCAUUCAGGCAGAAGAAGUAGCUAGAAAAUCUUGCGUACUCGAGUGGUAUCGUCUUCCGAAUAAAGACGCGCGGGGAAUCGUGUUGAUAAUAAUUAUAUCAAAUUUGCCCGCUAAGAUCACAGCUGGGAAGAUCGUGGAUUUAUCAUUCAAGACCUAUGGUGACGUUGUAAAAACAGCUGUGACGUAUUUUAAUAUGCUUCUAAAAAUGACCGACUGA